UCUGCGGCCCGGAGCUGGGAGGGCGCCGCGCGGUCGCAGUGUUUCUCCGCCAAGUGCGGUGCCGCGCGGGUGGGUGGGAUCGCGGCGGAGUUUCGUGCGCCGUCGUAGGGUGAUAGAGCGCCAUGGCUGCUGUGGCGGUGGUGGCCGGUGCCAGCGUCGCUGCGAGGUGAGGCGUACCUCUUCACGAGCGCGAAGGCCGCAGCGCGCGGGCCUUCCCCGAGGGCCCCGACUCCGGCAUGGCCGGGAUCAUCAAGAAGCAGAUCCUGAAACACCUGUCCCGGUUCACUAAGAAUCUUUCCCCGGACAAAAUCAACCUCAGCACCCUGAAGGGGGAGGGUCAGCUGAACAACUUGGAGCUAGAUGAAGAGGUUCUACAGAAUGUGCUGGAACUGCCUACCUGGCUAGCCAUUACCAGGGUCUACUGCAACAGGGCCUCCAUCCGGAUCCAGUGGACCAAGUUGAAGACCCAUCCAAUUUGCUUGUGUCUGGAUAAGGUGGAGGUGGAGAUGAAGACCUGUGAGGAGCCUCGACCCCCCAAUGGGCCGUCUCCCAUUGCGCUGGCUUCAGGACAGAGUGAGUACGGCUUUGCUGAGAAGGUGGUAGAGGGGAUGUUCAUCAUCGUUAAUUCCAUCACCAUCAAGAUUCACUCCAAGGCCUUCCAUGCUUCCUUUGAAUUGUGGCAGCUCCAGGGCUAUAGCGUCAACCCCAACUGGCAGCAGAGCGACCUUCGUCUGACCCGCGUCACAGAUCCCUGCAGAGGAGAGGUUCUAACAUUUAAGGAAAUAACUUGGCAGACACUUCGAAUUGAAGCAGAUGCUACAGACAGUGGUGAUCAGGACCCAGUGACCACUCCACUGAGGCUUAUUACCAACCAGGGCCGGAUCCAGAUAGCCCUCAAGAGAAGAACCAAAGAUUGCAAUGUGAUUGCAUCCAAGCUGAUGUUCCUGCUGGAUGACCUGCUCUGGGUGCUGACCGACUCACAGCUCAAGGCCAUGAUGAAGUAUGCUGAGUCAUUGAGUGAGGCCAUGGAGAAGGCAGCCCAGCAGAGGAAGAGCCUGGCCCCUGAGCCCGUGCAGCUCACUCCACCCCCUCCUAGUGCCCAGCAGACCUGGGCCCAGGCAUUUGGUGGCAGCCAGGGCAACAGCAGCAGUAGCCGUCUCAGCCAGUACUUUGAGAAGUUCGAUGUGAAAGAGUCUUCCUACCAUCUCCUCAUCUCCCGCCUGGAUCUCCACAUUUGUGAUGACAGCCAGUCCCGAGAGCCAGGAGUCUCUGCAAACAGGCUCACAGGAGGUGCCAUGCAGCUUACCUUCCGAAAGAUGGCGUUUGACUACUACCCCUUCCAUUCUGCAGGUGAUAGCUGCAGGCAUUGGGUGCGGCACUGUGAGGCCAUGGAGACCCGAGGCCACUGGGCCCAGAAGCUGGUGAUGGAAUUUCAGAGUAAAAUGGAGAAGUGGCAAGAGGAGAUGGGCCUGAAGCCACCGUGGCACCUGGGGGUGGACUCUCCCUUCCGGAAGAGAGCAGACUCUUUCGCUAGUCCUCGGAAGAACUCUCUUGACAAAAACCCCACUCAGGCCCGACAGGCUGCCUUUGGGCCUCCAGCGUGGAAUCGCUUACGUUCUAGCUGCUUGGUUGUUCGAGUGGAUGACCUGGACAUCCACCAGGUGUCUACAGCUGGACAGCCGAGUAAGAAGCCAUCCACUCUCCUUUCCUGCAGUCGCAAGCUUCACAGCCUCCCAUCUCAGGUGUCUGCCAUCCAUGUGGAGUUCACAGAGUAUUACUUCCCAGAUAAUCAGGACCUUCCAGUUCCCUGUCCCAAUCUCUACAUUCAGUUAAAUGGCCUGACAUUUACUGUGGAUCCUGUCAGCUUGCUCUGGGGAAACCUAUUCUGCCUAGAUUUAUACCGCAGCUUGGAGCAGUUCAAAGCAAUCUAUAAGCUGGAAGAUUCAAGGCAGAAAGAUGAACACUUGGACAUCCGGCUGGAUGCGUUCUGGUUGAAGGUGAGCUUCCCUCUGGAGAAGAGAGAGCAGGCGAAGUUGCAUCGUCCCCAGGCCCUUAUCUUCUCUACAUCAGGCAUGAUUGCCACCAACACCCGUCAUGCCCCACAUUGUAGCUGUCCAGAUCUCCAGAGUCUCUUCCGGGGUUUCGCUGCUGCUGAGUUCUUUCGUUCCAGUUGUGAUCGCUUUCCCAGAGUUCCGGGAGGUUUCGGCCUUCUGCACAUGCUCUUUCUACAUCAUGCUUUCCAGAUGGAAUCCCUUCCGGCUCAGCCUAGUUCCCACCCUCCCCAGAGGCCUGUGGCUUCCCAGGAUCUUUGGUCCCUCCACUUUAGCCAGAUCUCCUUGGACUUUGAAGGCACAGAGAAUUGCAAAGGCCAUACCUUGAAUUUUGUGGCUCCCUUCCCCUUGUCCAUUUGGGCCUGCCUUCCUCUCCGCUGGCAACAAGCCCAAGCACGGCAGCUCCUUUUGGCCUCAGAGGGGAGACUGAAGCCGUCAGCCAGCUUUGGCAGUCCUGUGCAUUCUGAGACUCUUGCCCCUGGGUCUGUGUCCCAUCAGAGGUCGAAGACUGAGCGGGAUUUGAAAAGCCUGUCGGGUCUUACAGAGGCCAACGAGAUUAUGAGAGAAGGUGGUAGUGGUGUGGACCUCAAAGGGCCUGUGGCAGAGCUGGACGAUGUGGCAGAUGUCCACAUGCUUGUACACUCCCCUGCCCAUGUCCGCGUGAGGCUCGACCACUAUCAGUACUUGGCCCUGCUCCGACUGAAGGAGGUACUUCAGGGGCUCCAGGAGCAGCUGACCAAGGAUACAGAGGCCAUGACAGGGUCACCUCUGCAGGACCAGACAGCUUGCGUUGGUGUCCUCUUCCCCAGUGCUGAAGUGGCUCUGCUUAUGCAUCCUGCCCCUGGGACUGCUGAUGCUGCUGCUGACUCUGCAGGUUCAGAUACCACCAGCCUCAUAGAUUCAGAGCUGUCUCCGUCAGAGGAACGGGAACCCAAGUCUGAUGCCUCCUCAGAUCAGGGCCCAGUGAGCCCUGAGAAGGUUGUGCAGGACAGCAAUGUUGAAAAUCUGGAUGCCUCCCAGGAAAGGCUGCAUAGUGAUGGAGACCUGCAGGACUCGGCUGCACUUGCACAGCAGCUGGCAGGAAAGGGCCACGAGGCCGUCGAGUCCCUACAGGCCAAGAAGGUGAGCAGAGCCCAAAUCUCCAGCUCACCAGCUGCAUUGAAGCCGCUAGCUGGCAGAGGUGCCGCUGUGAAUGGUCAAGUCGAGCCCAUCCCCUUGAAACACAUUGAGGGGGAAUUGUCAAGUGCUAUUCACAUGACCAAGGAUGCCACCAAGGAGGCUCUCCAUGCUACCAUGGACCUCACCAAGGAAGCCAUGUCCCUGACUAAGGAUGCCUUCAGUCUGGGCAGAGAUCGCAUGACCUCUACUAUGCACAAGAUGUUGUCCCUGCCUCCCACCAAGGAAGCCAUGGCCAAGACAGACGAUGUGGUGGCAGCCCCAGCGAGUGGAGGCGCCGCCCGUCUCCGACUGUUCUCCAUGAAGAGGACAGUAUCUCAGCAGUCGUUCAAUGGCAUCUCCUUGGACAGCAGUGGCCCGGAAGACCGGAUUUCCGUGGACAGUGAUGGCAGUGACAGUUUUGUGAUGCUGUUGGAGUCUGAGUCUGGUCCAGAAUCUGUUCUACCAGGACCUGUGACAAGUGUCUUGGAUGAUACUGGUGUUCAAGGGAGCCCUGCUGUGGAUAACUAUGGCCAGGGGUCGCCAGAGGCCAACAGCUCAGUAUCACCCAGUGACAACCUUGUUCUUCACUCGGUGUCAGUCUUGGUCCUGAAGGUGAAUGAAGUGUCGUUUGGGAUUGAAGUACGUGGUGAGGACCUGAUGGUUGCUUUGCAAGCUGAAGAACUUGCCCUGCAGCAGCUGGGCACCGUGGGACUCUGGCAGUUUCUGCACGGACAGUGUCCAGGUACAAGCUUUCAGGAAUCAUCACAUUUGAAGACUGGCCACUUCAGGCCAGCUGUGGGCCUUCGCUUUGAGGUGGGGCCUGGUGCAGCAGUUCAUUCCCCACUGGCCACACAAAAUGGCUUCUUGCAUUUCUUGCUUCAUGGCUGCGACCUCAACCUGUUCACAUCAGUGCUCAAUGGCCUGGGCCCUUUCUUGGAGGAUGAGGAAGUUCCAGUGGUGGUCCCCAUGCAGAUUGAGCUCCUCAACUCCCGGAUCACCCUCCAGGAUGAUAUUCCCCCCAUCUAUCCAACAUCCCCUGGCCCUGUCCCCAUCACUCUGGCCAUGGAGCAUCUUGUGCUGAAGCGGAGUGACGAUGGCGUGUUUCACCUUGGUGCUCCUGCUCAGGACAGAUCAGUGGCUGAAGUACCUGAGAAGCAGCAGCCCCCCAAAGAACAGGUGUUCCUGGUGCCCACAGGAGAGGAUGUUGGACCGCAGGAGAAAGACUUGCCUACUCUACAGAAAGAACUUACAGAAACCAAACAAGCACUGGCCAGUGCCAACCAGGACAAAGAAAAGCUUCUGCAGGAGAUCAGGAAAUAUAACCCCCUCUUUGAGCUCUGAUAGCAGCAGCUCAGCCAUCUGUGCCGAGGAGAGAAGACAUCACCAGCAACAGCACCACCUAGGACACGAGUGUGUGUAUCUGCGGAGGAUGCCAGUGGGGCAUGCAGACCACUCCAGUGUGUGCUUCCUGCUGGCUGUCAUAGUCUGGGUGGAUGACAGGGCGGAGCACAGGCCACACUGCAGGGAUUAGUGUGUAUUUGGCUCUGCAUUAUUUCUUGCCCACAUGGAGCCUUGUGGCUCUCUGCUUACUAGGGGGAAUCUUCUCCACACUGUAGGGCCACCUCCUUGUUUUGUGGCAGAGGUAUUGGCUUCCUUCACAGCCUGUGUGAACAAGUAUCCACCUCCUCAGUCACCCACAGGGCCACCAAAGAUCCCAUGUCCCAGAGCUUCCUGUGACAGAUCUGAAAAGACCUUGGCCUGAGUUUUGGAGCAGAGCAGGAAAUAGCCCAGCCUAGUGGGUGCAGAGGAGUCCUAAAAUCAGGGAGAUCUGGACCAGCUAUUCUGGAAUGGGAGCUAAGCUCACGUCUUGGCUGAUAUUCCAGGCAGAUUUUUCAGGGUCAAUCUUCCUUUCUGUUGAAUUUCAUCAUUUUUUGUUGUGGUAGAAAGAGCUGUGACUCAGCGAGAUCAACCUUCCCCCCCAAGAACAAUUUGACAUUUAAAUCAAGAGAAAGUAUUCACUGUGAGCUCAGCUGAGGGCCUAAUGAGGUGGGAAUCAACUGGGGAGCCCGAUUCUCGGUCCCCUAGAGGCCUGCUGUCUUCCACAGCUGUCCUAACAGCUCGUUUCUGCUGUCACCGGGGUCCUGCUCACUUGCUUUCCCAGCACUGACUUUCUGCCUCUGCUCACCUUGGCACUUGGUGGUGCAAGCUAAGUGUUUAAUCCUAAACAUCUCGGCCUGCUGCCUCUGUCCCCUCUAUUACUGUGGCUUUCUAAAAUCAUGUAAUUUUGACUUAAGUAAAAACAAAAGCCAAAAGCCCUUCAACCUCAGUUUCCUCCUGGUCCUAUCAAAGCUGUCCCCUUCCCCUUGUCUACAACUCUGCUCUGUGUUUUCAGCUGUGCUGAUUGUUACGAGCUUAUCACUAACUCACUUAACUUACUGAGAUGGUCCAUUGUGAGUUAAUGAUGCCACUAAAGUCUUAAUCAUAUGUAAUGAGGAAGGAAAAGUAAAACUUCUUGGGGAACCAUGCUUGACUUGAACACUUUAGUUUUUGAGGAUAAAAAUAAACAAGCAUCAUAAAGGAGCAAGAUUCACGGGUUCAGCGUUGCAUAGGACUUCUGUCAAGCUCUUCACUAAGGCAAAUUUCAAAACAUCACUUGCAUAGGAUGUGGGAAUUUGUCAUGCUGAGGAAACUGCAUUAUAGACCCAGGAAGAAAUUCAGGAGAGAAUGUUAACAGGUGAAGCUUCCUGAGGGUUGGUGCUCAGUUCAUCCUUAAGAUUUUUAUAAAGGACCUGAACUUCAGAUGAAGUCCAGUGUUGACUUCCAGGCCAUGGAAAGCUACCAGAAACAGAAACUACCACAAAGCCAUAGAAAGGUCUUAAGCAGCAGGGCAAUGAAUGCUCAACAUGACAGAUGAGGUUCAGCAGGAAGUGGGAGGUAAGGCAUGUAUACAAGAGUGGUCAGCUCACACAGCAGAGAACAGUUAAAAGUCCGGAAAGGGCUGGGAUGUGGCUUAGUGGUAGAGCAUCUGUGUAUUAUACACAAGGGCCUGGGUUCAUCCCCAGCACUACAAAAAAAAAAAAAAAGAUCAAGCAUAUUUGAAAUAAUAAUACUGAAACCCAGGAAAAACUCCAAAGUCUUGGUGAGGGAGGAGGGAUCUGUGUGCUGCUGGGGCCAAAAGCCUGAUGCCCUCUCAGAUUCAUCAGGAAGAGCACUGGAGACAAGAGCAGCACCUCAUGCAGAGCCAUGGUGGCAGCUUGAUCUGGCUACUGAGUAUUUCUAAUGGCCUCAUCUACCCAGUAGAUGGAGAAGAGAACAGUCCAGAGAACAGCAAAAGCUAUGGCAAGUGUACAUUUAAGAAUUAGACCAGCUGCCAAGAUGAAAGCUGAGGGAGCAGGUGACCACAUAGCCCACCCACCCACCACAUCCCUGUGGCAUCCCUCCAUGCAAAGAAAAUUUCUACCAGGCACUGCUGAGUGUGCUUUUCCUUUAAGCAUGCAGUGGAGACAUCUAGGAUCAAGGAGAGCCCCUCAAUGGCCUGAGUGUCAGGUUUCUGAGCUGAGGGAGUCUGGAGUGUCCACAUGACACAUGGAGCUGUAGAAUCCCCGACUUUCGGUAUAUGAUGGCUGUGCCCCGUCUUGAACUCCUCCCUCAGGAAAUGAGGUACGAUUCUUUCUCCAUGGGAUUUUAGUCAAGUCAUCUUUAUCAUUUCAAUUUCCUGUUCCCUGGGGGAUGAGCAGGCGAGCCUUGCAUAAUGAAGACAUGCAAACCAGGUAUGUGAACCUUUGGGGUCAGUGUCAAGGGCAGCAGAAUGGAGAGCAGGCUCAGUCUUUCAGGACUGCUUAUGCUUUCUGCCCUGGAGUAUAAGACUGAAUAAAUAAUAAUACCUCAAGAAAAUGUCUUUAGUGACAGCAACACUAUCUCUCAGAGGCUUCGACCACUGUGCACUUUCACUUGAGCUGUGAUGCAUUUGUUAAGACAAUUGUAUCGUCUGUGACUGUCUUGAUUUCUUGUUUACACACAUGCACCGGGGAUACAUAUGCUCUGGUGUGUGUGGACUUGAGCUAAUUCCUCUGUGACUGGCCUGUGGGGAUGGCUGAUUAACCUAGUUCCUCUGAUGUAAGGUCUACACAGGUUUACCUGACCCUCAUUUUGCUGUAACCUUUAUGCCUCUUUCUGUGACUCCGAGAGAAUGGUACUGGUGUAUAAGAAAGAGGGUAGACACCACUUCUCACACAGCUGUAACAGAUGGUGUUUCUAUUUAACUCAUGGUAGCUCCUCCUGAGGGGAACCAAGAGCAGAGUGCUGGAAAGGGGCAGUUUGAAGUGCUGCCAACGUGGGACCUCCCAAACCUUUACUAGAGUGUUAUAUUCAGACCACAAAACUGAAAAUACCUGAGUUUUGCUACCCAGGCUAGGCCAGUAAUAUCUGCCUGAGAACCGUGAAGCUGUUGCCUGGAGAAUCUGAGGGGAUGUGCCAUCUCUUCAGAGGCUGGGGCCUUUGUCUAGGUGCUCCCCAACCCUCGGAAUAGGGAUGUCCCAUUCACCUCUGGGUAGGUAUGGACAGUAGCUAUUCUGGAAGGGCAUUUUGCCCUCUAUGGUACAGGGAAAUUCUCUUGUACAACCUUUAAUGAUGAGGCCUUACUAAAUGGCCAGACUUGGGAUUUGAUCUUCCUGUCUUGCUAGUAAGUUUCAGCCUUAUCUAAUAUCCUGAUUGCAAAAGGAGUAGUUCCUGCGAUAAAAAAACACCCAUUCGAGUUGAGAAAAAAAUCCACUUUUGUCAGUUUUAGUUUUUGUCAAGAUAGUGACUGAGUCAUACAGCAUUCUUUGUGGAGUGCUCCCAUGAAGUGUCCUCUGCGUUGGCUAAGCCAGUGAAUUUUAAUGUAAGCUACUAAAGUCUGAUCUGUCCCAGUCUGAGAGUCUAAGCUGUUUCCCUGACUCUGGGUGCUAAACAGAAUGAGAAUCUACUAAGACUUGCUCAGGAAAGCUCAAGACAGCUUCAAAGCCUUCUCCCCAUUGACACUGAACAGCACAUGGGAAGCAGCUUGGUGGCUCUCCAGUUAUAUCAGGUCGCCUUACCAAUCACUGUCAGUGAACCACCACUCCACUCCUGAGGAGGGCAAUGGGAAUUACCUAACACUGGAAUCCUGGUCAGUAUUCACAAACUGUAAUGUAAUAUCUAAUCAAACUGAGUGUACUGGUUCUGUGAACCACCUGAUUAAAACAAAUUAAAUACUAUUAUUAAACAA